UCGUCCCACACACCCAACCAACACAGCGACAGCAGCACUGAUAGAGGGGCCAAGCAGAGCUAGCGCCUGGGCAUCCGAAGACACCACACUAGCAGAAUCCAUGGAAGCUAACGGAGAGCGCAUCAUACGACUAUGACCUCGCCGUCAUUGGAGGGGGCUCCGGCGGGAUGGCUGUGGCCAAGAAGGCCGCCUCGUACGGAAAAAAGGUUGUCUUGUUCGACUUCGUGAAACCGUCGCCCCAAGGAACUAAGUGGGGACUCGGGGGUACGUGCGUCAACGUGGGCUGCGUGCCCAAGAAGCUGAUGCACUAUGCCGGCCUUCUCGGGGCCGGCAUGCACGAUGCGAAAGCGUUCGGCUGGAAGGUUGGAAACCCUGAGCACGACUGGGAAGCGAUGGUGGAGACCGUGCAGAACCAUGUCAAGAUGCUCAACUUCCGGUACCGCGUGGGGCUCAAGAGCGCACAGGUGACUUACGUGAACGGUCUGGCGAGGCUGACGGGUCCGCACGAAGUUACGUGUGAGAAGCGAGGGAAGGAGACCAAACACACCGCGGCGAGGGUUAUCAUUGCCGUGGGCGGGAGGCCCGUAAUUCCGGACGAUGUGCCCGGAGCCCGUGAGCACGCCUUGACGUCGGACGACCUGUUCUCUCUAAGAACAUCCCCGGGAAAGACCCUUGUCGUAGGAGCGAGCUACAUCGCCCUGGAGUGUGCCGGUUUCAUGCGGGAGCUUGGGCUUGAUGUCACGGUGGCGGUGCGAUCGAUCCUGCUGAGAGGCUUCGACCAGCAGGUGGCGGAAAAGCUGGGUGACGUCAUGAAAGAUCUCGGGGUCAAGUUCGUGCGUCCCGCCGUUCCGUCUAAGAUCGAGAAGACCAGCGACGGCAAGCUGGAGGUGACUCUGGUGGACAGCAAGAGCGGGGAGGAAGUGUCGAAGAGCACGUACGACAGCGUGUUGUAUGCUACGGGCAGAAAGGCGGACACGAGUGGCAUCGGCCUGGAAACCGCUGGGGUCAAGGUUAAUCCGAACGGGAAGAUUCCGGUAGAAAACGAGCAGACAAACGUGGAGCACAUCUUUGCCAUAGGGGACUGCACGAGCGUGGACGUGAUGUUCCACGAAUCCCACUGGGCCAACCCCGAGCUAACACCAGUGGCUGUGCAGGCGGGGGAGCUUUUGGCGAGUCGCCUGUACGCGAGGGCGACGGAGCAGAUGGACUACUCCCUCGUCGCUACCGCCGUCUUCACACCGGUGGAGUAUGGGUGCUGCGGGCUGAGCGAGGAGGAUGCAAUUCGCCUCUACGGGGAGGAUGAUAUAGAGACCUACCUCUUCGGCUUCGGGACCCUGGAGCAGUCGGCUGCCCACCGUGUGAAGCACGUCGAAGGGGAAGAAGAAGACGACAUGCCGGCGACCAACCUGAGCAAGCUGGUUUGCCUCAAGAGCCAGGGCGAGAAGGUGAUCGGAUUCCAUUUUGUGGGGCCUAAUGCUGGAGAAAUCACGCAGGGCUUCGGCCUGGCCCUACGGCUGGGGGCCAAGAAGCUCGACUUUAACAAGCUCGUUGGUAUCCACCCGUCUGACGCCGAGAGCUUCUGCGCGAUGGACAUCACUCGUUCUUCUGGCGUCAGCUUUGUGGCAGAGGGCGGCUGCGGCGGGGGUGUUUGUGGAUAAGGAGCCUCUAACGCUCGUCUAUGUUUACCAUGGGAUUAGGCGCGGUGGGGAGGUGCUCGGAGCUUUGACGGGAUCGCUGCUGGUGUUUCGUGCUUUUUGUGCCGCGUGUUUUUCUGUUCUCCUGUUUUGGCGCCAGCGAGCUUUUGUUCCGUCGCGUCGUUGCAUCUGAUGAUGCUCCGAAGGACUUGUUUUUGGCUUCAUUCGCUAAUGCAUCACAGCAGAAUUGAGCAACAAGGCGGCCCUCGGCCUCGCUCCCGCUGUUUUGCGUGGCUGUGCUAGUGGGUGAAGUGCAUUCUGAGAAAAUUUAUCCAGGGCCAUGUUACUGUUUGUGGCACAGAUUCGUGCUUUCCGUGAGGGAAUGCUGCUGGCUGGCCUGAGGGAUGCCCUUGGCAUGAUUUUGAGUGGCGAAAUGCAAGGGCAAUUGCUUCGGCAAAAGUUGCAAAGAUCCGAAAGGCUUCGUCUACGCAAGUCUUGGCAAAGUUUGACGGUGGAGAAGUCGCUCGUUGGCGGGCGUGGUCUUGUCAGGAACAACUCGAUCCGACCUGGGACAGGGUGGCGAUUGUCAGUUCAUGUUCUCAAUGCAUGUUGGUGUCCCUAAUACUGCUGUACGCGUUGGCGAUCGAAUGGACGCUCGUGUGAACACAGCUUUUGGGGACUUCUCGUCCAGCCAACGAGCACAAUGAGUCGAUGUCAAUGCCAUUGAAGAAGACGUGCCAAUGCAGGGGGGGUUGUCUUUCGACAGCUGGCAACGAGUUCUCGCAACCUGCCGUGGAGCAAAACUCGAGGGGAAAAAGUUCAUUCGUGAUAGGUGCUUCCGUCGGUUAGUUGAAAACGGAAAAAUAACUUGGAAGCGUCGCACUUUGGGUUUUACACGCGAUAAACAACCAAGCUCCCUCGUGAUCGGUUACGAUGUUCGCCAUCAUAUGCCAAAACUUGAUGGUGCUCUCCUCGUUUUGACAUGUGCCGACCACACGCAGCCGGGUGAACACAGCAGUAUUUUGAUUGGUCCUCCGGUAAGGAAAUUGCGUAUUUUCGGAUAUAUAUCCCGACGAUUUUUUUUAGCCGGUUGAAAAAACUGUUCCAUGCGGGGUUAAUCCAACCUACGAUGGAGGCUCGAAACUCAUUUCUCAAAGGGUCAGCUUUCGCAAAAAACAGGGAAAUGAAGCUUCUGGUGGCAGCUUUUGCUAAUUUCUGGUGGUACGAAAAACAAGACGAAAAUGAAGAUUUUUGAAAACGGGAGUUGUGGGCGUCUCACGGGGCGGGCGGCCGUAUGUGACCUAAAAAAGAAGAGAGCUGAAAUUUCGCGUUGGGUUUGAAAUGGAACCUGACCCGUCGGGAAAAUCUCAUUUUCCCCACAAAGUGUUUUGAAUUCAUCCGCUCUCAUUGAUAGGCCCAAAAACGGGUAGCAUACAUUUUUACUUUUUUCAUUUGCCAUCGGCCAAGCAUUUGUCGCGGGAAUAUCAGCGAAAUGGUCAAUAUUCUACAUGCGCGAGAGUAAUAGUCUAGAUUUCAUUAGCGUUGUAGUGCGUCCGCCUGGAUUGACGCUUUCGCGCAACCUUUUUGGACCACCGUGUAAUUUUUUGGGGUAUCGGUCCUCUUUUUGGAGAGCGUCCACAAAUACUACAGCCGGGAAAGCCCCCAGUUUUGGUGACGAAGAGCGAAACGAGAGGUCCGCCGGAACGUUAGCAGCGUGCCUUGGCAUAGGAGUCUAUCUAUUAUCUAUGCCCCAGUCAGUGCCACGCAUCGGACACGUUGCAAUCAUUACGGAUAAGGACGGUCGGUCGGUGUGAUAAUACACGAAGAGGGUAGUAAU